AUGCGAGUUCCUCUUAGCAUUGUAACUGGCUCAAACUAUUCACCGACCAUGCAGCAGGUUUCUGACAGAGGCAAAUGCCUUGCGGCACAGAGGCCAACUUUCCUCUCUGUAUUGAGUGACCAAUGGUCUCCGUCUAACCCCAACGGCAUCGUGAAUCUCGGCCUUGCCGAGAAUACACUUAUGCACGCGGAGAUGGAGGACUUCAUAAAUUCGAAUCUGCAAAUCAACGCACAUGCAUUGACCUACGGAGAUGGGUUUAGCGGCUCGCACAAGCUCAAAGAAAGCCUUUGUCGCUUCAUGAACUGUCAAUUCUCGCCUCGGACUCCUCUAUGCCCCUCCCAUCUUGUCAUGACAUCUGGCGUCAGCAAUGCGCUUGAAUGCUGUGCCUGGGCUUUAGCUGAUCCUGGAGAUUAUUUCAUGGUUGGACGGCCAUAUUUCAAUGCAUUUAGAACGAUCUUUGGAAUCCGACCAGGAGUCCGGCUUCUCGAAGUCGAGUUUGGAGAGGUAGAUCCGUUCAGCAUGGCUGCAGUCCAACAAUACGAAAGAGCAUAUGCUGAAGCGGCAAGCAACGGCUUACGCGUCAAAGCUCUUGUAUUGUGCUCACCAAAUAAUCCUCUUGGACGUUGUUAUCCCGAAGAAGUCUUGAAAGAAUACUUGAAGAUCUGCUCGAGGAAUGGACUUCAUCUUAUUUCCGAUGAGAUCUACGCGCUCUCUGUCUGGGAUAAUCCUCGUGUUCCCGAUGCAACAGGUUUCAAAUCAAUCCUGUCUAUAAACCUAGAAGGGAUCAUUGACCAAAGCUUUGUACAUAUUGUAUGGGGCUUAAGUAAGGACUUUGGUGCAACUGGCCUAAGGAUCGGCACAUUGAUCAGCCAGUCGAAUAAGCUACUUUUGGAGGCUGCAGAGGGCAUUUCUCUCUACAAUAUCCCGUCAGGCAUAGCAGAUCACAUUGCCACAUCGCUCCUACUCGAUGAUAGCUUUUCAGCAAAGUACCUCGCGAUCAAUCGGGCCCGCUUGUCUGAAAGCUAUGUUUUUGCGACGAAUUGGCUACGGUCACAUCAGAUUCCCUACCUUGAAUGCAACGCUGCGUUCUUCAUUUGGGUUAACUUAGCGGCCGUAGUCAAAGAUGCCACGACUGCGGAUAUACUUGUAAGGCUACGAAAAGAGAAAAUUUAUAUCGCGGCUGGGGAGAAUUACGCCGCGGAAGAAGCUGGAUGGUUUCGGCUGGUUUUUUCCCACCCGCUAAACGUUUUGGAAGAGGGACUACAGCGGAUAAUCCAGUCGAUUCAGCAAUAG